AUGCCCAAACCGUCAAGACGUCGUUCUCAUUGCAAAUCGCUGAUUCAAAGACGUUAUUCACAGGAAAGUGUAAAUACUGAAAGUGAUAGUUCUGAGUCAAAUGAAGAACUACAAAUGCAAGUUGAUGCUAGUGAAAAUAAAGAACCAUUGGAUUUUAAAAACAGAGUAAAUCGUAACGAUAUGUCUGAUUUAUUCGAAUUGUGUCAAUCGAAAUGUCCGAGAAAAUAUAUCAGUGUUCUGUUAUAUAUGACAAUGCGUUAUUUUGGCGUUAAAUGGGAUGAUUGCAAUGAUUUCUUAAUCGAACUUGGAGGAACAAAUGGUAAAACAGCUCAUAAAUGA